AAACGUCUUUACCUGUGGACCCCCGAAACGUAACUGGUAAUUUUAAAUGAUUAACGCUUUAUCGUGUAUUGCCACUGAAAAAGUUGCUCAUUAUAUAAAUGAUGGCAUCUACCGAAAUUUGAAGUACAAAUUGGAUUCGAAAUCAAGUGACCAAGUCUACUCAAAACUCUUAAAAAUAUCACGCGGUCUAAUUCAUGAAUAUAAUCAUGAAAUUGGGCAAAGAUUAGAGUUGAGAAAUGUUGACUAUGGAAAAUUCAAAAUCGACCGUAAUACUGUCAUGGUUCUCAAAAAACACUGUCUCGAGUCACUUGGUAUUGGAGAUUUGGAUUAUAUUGGGUACUAUUACAGAGAUUUAAUUGACGAUAACACAAUUGACAUUUUUGAGCUUUUAAAAGCAAUUUUAAAUAACGAAACACGUCGAAAUCUUCACUAUUUGGAUAUUAAAGGAUCGCAUGCUUUCUCAAAGAAAUGGACAAAGAAUAUAGGAACUAUUUUACCCGUUCUCAGAAGCCUAAUCAUCUGUGGGAGACAUCUUCAAAGCGACGAUUUCCAACAACUUUGCGAAAGCAUUCCAAAUCUUACAUACUUGGAUAUUAGUGAAACUAAUGUUCCUAAUAUUUCUGGAAUUUCAAGUUUAAAAAAUCUAGAGUCUCUUAUAAUGAGAAGCGUAGAACUUGAAUGUUUUGAGCAGUUUGUAGACCUGUUCAAUUUGACUGGGCUGCGGAUUUUGGAUGUUUCAAGAUCAAUGUAUAAACAUGAUACAAAAAUAAUCAAUCAAUAUGUGCAAUCAAAUAAGGUUUUGAAGGAAUUACGAUUUUUGGAAUGUUCGGGAACAGAUAUAAAUAAAAAUCUUCUAGAACAAAUAUUAAACUCUCAUGAUAACCUUCAACAAGUUGCAGCUAUCAAUUGUCAUAUUAGAAGCUUAUCCCUACACCAUGAAGUCUUCCUUUUGAACACAGCAACAUUAACUUCUUCUCUCAAAUCUCUUACUCAUUAUUUGGGAGUACAUCGAAUAAGUUCUGUAGAACGAGUUUUGGAAAACAUGUUACACCUGUUUCCAAAAUAUGAUCCAGAUCUGGAUAACAGAUUUGAUUUUUCGGAAUGUGUGAAAAUAAUAAUCAAUUCUGCAUUGAAAAUUGAGUCAUCACUUGGAAUUCAAGGUUACGGUACUCUUUGUCUGUGGCAUAUAGCACGAAAUCAAGACGCGCGGUUUCAACCAUUUGAUUUAUAUCAACUCGUUUGUAAAUUGUUAGAUGGUGUAUACAAUAAUGGGAGAUUAUUCAUUGCAACAAAAGACUUCAAUAUAAGUUUAUGGAGAACAAUUGAAUCUUUACUCAAAUUACUUGAAUCCAGCUUGAAACCAAUGAGUUAUGAACGAGUCUGUCGGAUAGCAGGGUUGUGUAUUUCAAGGAAUGAAGUAGAUGAUGAGAUGAAAACUCGAGCAAUUCCAAUUUUUGCUACAUACAUCAAAAGGAUUUCAUCACAAUCAGUAUAUUAUAUUGACUUUAAUCACAAACUUAUGCCAAAAAUCAUUUUGCACUUGAAGAAGUCAAUUGAGUUACGGAAAACCUAUUGGAUUACAUUUUGUCUUGACAUUUUAACUCAAAUAACGCAAAACAGUGCAGAUGCUUGUGAGAAAUUGGCAGAGUGUGAAGAAAUGAACGUUCUUCUAGAAUGUUUUGGUAAUCUAACCAAAGCGUCGGAUCACCUGAAAAUUCUCAAAAUAUUGAAAAAUGUUCUACUCGAGCUCACUGAUAAAAAUGUGAAACAUGUUGCAAUCGACGCGAGGAUUUCCGUUUUGCAAGAAAGACUUGACGAAUGGGAUGAUGAAAGAGCAUAUUAUGUCUUCACAGUUCUUGCAUUAAUUAUCUCCAAUUUUCCAACAAUUGUCAACAGAGAACCGGCGAAUUCUUUAAUACGAGAAUGUUUUCCAGAAAUAUCAAACGUCAUUAAAAUUCCUGUUUCCGAUUCGAAGAUUUACGUGAAAAAUGGAAUUCUCAAGAAAAUUCUAAAGGAUUCUAGAGAAGAUGGAUCCUUACUUUGGGCUCUUCUGGUGAUCAAAAGCUCAAUGGAACAGGAUAAAAGCUUUGUAAAUUUACUUACCACCGAGAUGUCCAACCUCAACACUAAUUCUGAAAUUAUUAUGAAUAUGAAAGCUGAAAUUAAGAAUCUAAUUUAAUUUAAUUUGUGGCAAAUACGAUUGUUUAUAUUGAACCGAAAUGAAAUUUAUUAAAAAUGAGAUG